AUUAAAAUCACAAGUGAAGGACACUGCCAGCUAAGCUGCUUCUUCUAACGGUGCAAAGAUUUCUUCCAACGUCCCCAAGCUAAAGUGGAAGAGGAAUUCAGUUUUCCAUUGUACUAACAGGUUCGCCUCGUCCUCUUGGGAGUGCAGUAGGUGCACCCAUGGCAGCUUUGAAAGAAAUCGACCCAGCUCCGAACGGAACUACAGCAGAGAAUGAAACUACCUUCAACUGCAACAUUACUUGGCAAGGUUUUGUGACAUUUCAGAUCAUAGCCUAUAUGAUUAUUUGUGUAAUCGGAGUCAUUCUCAAUGGCCUUGCAUUCUACGUGUACUUCUGUCACAUUCCCAGUACCAACAACAUCAUCAUCUACCUGAAGAACCUGGUCAUAGCUGACAGCUUGCUGGUCCUCUCACUGCCAAUAAAGAUCCUCAGAGCCAGCAAGCCCUCCCUACACCUGAACAAAAUUUACUGCGGCUUUACAGCAUCCCUCUUCUAUUUGAACGUGUACUCCAGUGUUUUAUUCCUGGGUUUCAUUGCAGCCACCAGAUACCUGAAGAUUGUCAGACCUCUCAACAGCCACGCUUUUCAAAACCUGAGGACUGCUAAGCGCCUCUCCCUGGUAACCUGGAGCAUUCUCCUCCUCUUUGGGUUGCUGUUUGUAAUUCUGACAAACAAGGAUAGCAACCUACAAAGAGAUAGCCCUCAAAUUUGUCAGAAAGUCAGAAAGGAACAGAAGGCCAUUUACUUGUUCACUCACCUUACAGGUUUGGUGACCUUCUUCCUUGUGCUGGCCGGAGUUGGUUACUGUUACUCACAGAUCUCAAGUCAGCUCCACGAGUCGACUUUCUUGCAGUCGCUGAAGAUGCAUGCCAAGGCAAAAAACAACAUCCUAAUCCUGCUGGCUGUGUUCUUUAUUUGUUUUGUACCGUACCACAUUACAAAACUUCCUUACUUGUUAAGCCAGACAGAUGUCAUUACAAACUGUGACUGGAAAAGGGUUUUAUACUAUGUUAAUGAAUCUUGCCUCUUGCUGUCAACACUCAAUGCAUGCUUCGAUCCGGUCAUCUAUUUCCUAUUUUGCAAGGCAUUUAGGGCAAAGUUAGGUCUGGACACGAAGGUUCAGGAGCCCAACGAAUUUAGUGUGCCUGAUAAUGCCACACAUCAACAGCAAGAGGCUAUUCAUUCCAUCCCAAUUUAGGAAGGUACGGAAUGUGCACAAUUCUGGCCUCGCAGUCUUUUACAGUGUUUAACCAUAAGACCAUAAGACAUAGGAGCAGAAUUAAUUCAUUAUGCCCAUUGAGUCUGAUCUGCCACUCACUCAUGGCUGAUUUAUUAUUCCUUUCAACACAAUUCUCCUCCUCUUUUCUCGUAACCUUUGACACCCUUACUAAUCAAGAACCUAUCAACCUCCGCUUUAAAUAUACACAAUGAUUUGGCCUCCACUGCUAUCUGAGGCAAUGAAUUCCACAGAUUCACUGUGAUUUAAAGAAAUUCCUCCUCAUCUUUAUUCUAAUUCCCCCUCAUAUCUCUUAAGAUGUGCAGGUUGGUAGUUAGAUUGAUUCGCUUUAUUUGUCACAUGUACCUCAAAACAUCAAAACAGUGAAAUGUGCCAUUUGCAUCAAUGACCAAGACAGUAUCACCAAUGAAAGGUUUGUCUUGCUGUUCAUACAGAUCAAAUCAUUACACAGUGCAGUGAGGUAAAACAAUUACAGAAUGAAGAAGGUUCCUUCUGAAGAUAAUCCUUGUUGCAGUCAUUUUCCCAGGAACCUGCUCACAGUAUCGAAAAUAAAUUGGGAAGAAAGGCCAUAUGGAGGGUGGUCGGCAGUAGGGGGUACAACUAGUAAAUUUACGGACAGCACAAAAAUUGAUGGAGCCCCCAAGAGCCAAGGUUGUUCUUCAAGUCUUUAGAGGGGCAGGGGUCAGCUGGAAAGUUGGGCAGAGUGGUGGCAGAUGGAGUUUAAAUCAGACAAGUGCGCACUUUAGGUACUCAAAUCCUGAUAGGGCAUAUAGAAUAAAAUGCCAGAGGCCUUAGGAGCAUCAAUAUACAGAGACACUGUGAGGUGCAGGUCCAUAAGCACCGUGAAAGUAACAACACAGGGGAUAGGGCCAUAAAAAGCCAUUUGACAUGCUUGCUUUCUAAGGCCGAGGUACUGACUGUAAGAGUAGGUGUCAUGCCGUAGUUGUUAGAAAUGUUUGUUAGACCACACUCAGAGCGCUUUGUGGAGUUCUGGUCACCACACUACAGGCAGCAUGGGGUCUCAAUAGAGAGGCUGUAGAAGAGGUUGACCAAGAUGUUGCCUUAAAGGAAAGCCUGUAGUUAUAAAGACAAGUCUGAUAAGGUGGGUUGAUUCUCACUGGAAUAAGGGAGGCUAGGGUUGGCCUUACAGAGGCUGAUACAAUAAUGAGGGGCAGCAAUACAAUAGCCAGUUAGAAUCUUUUGUCCCCAGGCCAGAGUAGUCUGAAUCUAGAAGACAUAGGUACAAGGCGAAAGGGAAGAAAAUUAAAGGGAGAUGAGAAGCAUAAAACUUAAACAGUGAAUGCAUACUAUGACCUGCCAGAGCAGGUGGUGGAGGAGUAACUACUACAACAGGUUAAAGGCAUUUGGACAGGUAUCUGGAUAAGAAAGGUAUAGAGAAAGGUUCUCAAGUUGGGCUCCACAGACCCCCCAAUUAAUGAUAAAGAUCCAUAGCAUAAAAACAGGUUGGGAACCCCUGGCAUAGAGGGAUAAAGACUUAAUAUGGGUAAAUAAUGCAACAAAUAAGGACCAGGGUCAGUAUGGACAAGAUAGGCCGUAAGUGCCUGUUUCUGUGACAUACAAUCCUAUAAACCUACUUUACAUUGUUAUCUCGGCUAUUGCUCACAAACUUGAGUGUAGGUGAAUUGUUAAAAUCUACAAAUGAGAUACUAAUUACAUGAGACACUAAUUACAUGAGACUUCUAAAACCUCAACAACCAGAAAAAUAAGUUUAUGGUUUCCCUGACAUUUAACUGGAAUUUACUGUAGUCAGUCAAAAGCUACAGAAAUGUUGUUGUAAGUGUGCAUGUUGGCUUCAUAAUUAGAUACUUCAACAGGAGUUUUGAUGGUGUGUGAAUAAAACGGUGGUAUUGCAUGUGUAAACCAUGACAUUUCUUCUUACUCAACUAUGAGUCACAUUGUGAACUUUGAAAGUAGUAUUGAACAACUGAUCUUUCAAAGUUUACAAGAGAACAGAAGUAUGUUGACAAUGGCCCCAAGUCCUAUGGAACACAGGGAAAUAAAUGACAAGUAUUACUUGCGAAGGAGUUAGAGCUUUGAAAUGGGUAAAUUUUGUUCCAAGUAGGCAGGAAAUUGGUGAGGCCAUGUUUGGAAUACCAUGCAGAGUUCUGGUUUCCUUACCCAAAAAAAGGACACAAGAGCACAGGGGACAGUCCAAAGGAGAUUAACCAAGAUAAUUCCUGCGUCGACUGUACCUCCUCCUAGAGAUGCUGCCUGGCCUGCUGCGUUCACCAGCAACUUUGAUGUGUGUUGCCUAAUUCCUGUGGUGAGAAGAUUGUACUACUGAGAGAGGCUAAACAGAUAACAUUCCUAUUCUCAGGGAUUUAGACAAAUGGAGAUCUUAUUGUAACCUUCCUUACGAUCGUACUGAUUUUAAUUAUUAUUUAUUAUUUAUUUUGUAACUUACAAUAAUUUUAAUGUCUUGCAAAGUACUGCUGCAACAGAACGAUAAAUUUCAUGAGGUAUGUCAGUGAUAAUAAACCUGAU